AUGUUUACCGUCUUGCUCGCACGCUACUAUCAGAGGUGUUUCGAAGGUUCUGGGCAAGAGGGAAGGAAAGAACUUUCACUGGAAGAGGAAUUCGGACUAAUGGAUAAUCCGGAUGAGGCUCAAAUUGACCCUGAAGUGCGAGCACGGUUUCAGUCAGCGUCAGCAUAUCUGCCAAGCAUAGUGGGACGACUUGAGCGGAGUCACUUGAUACAAUUUUAUGCUCUGUAUAAACAAGCUACUGUUGGUCCUGCAAGUGAGCGCUACUUGUUUUUUUUUGUUCGAUUCUUUAUAGCAUUUAUUUUGUUUGCACUACCAUCGUAUGUUGCAAAAAUGGCAUACAUGAAUUUGGGCUGGGAUCCAACGGUACAGAAUACGUCCCAUGGUGGAUUUGGAGUACGACCGAGUCGACCAGCUUUUGUGAGUGAAUCUUCUGAUGGCAGUGCUGCAUCUGUAAGUGAUCGUGAAGCCUUGCUUUGGUUCACCGCAGCGAAAGCUGACGAUGUCACAACAAUCACAGACAUCUACAGUAGGCGUCCAGAAUUGUUGAAUCAAACCGACCAGCACCUAGGGAUGACUGCCUUGCACUGGGCGAUAGAUUCUGGUUGCGACAAGGUAGUACAAUUUCUGAUCAGUAAGGACACCGAUGUGAAUGCAGUCGAUCCGGAGGGCAAUACACCUUUGCAUUUUGCGGCCUAUUGCCAUCGCCAGAGUGCUGCUGAAGUCUUGAUCUCAAAGGGAGCCGAUCGAACAAUUCGCAAUAACGACGGACAAACUGCUGCCGAAGUUUGUGACGAUGAAACCCUCAAAGCUAUUUUGAUGCCACCAGAAUGA